AUGAGUGUCACGCUUGAAGACACAUACUGCUAUAAACAUUGUCGGAAUUGCAUUUUUGCGAAUUGUCCUUCUCAAGAAUGUCAUGUUUUAAAGUGCCCCUUGAAUUGUGGCCAUAAGAUGCAUGCAUGCAAGGCGGAGGAGCAUAUUAGCAAUGUAUGCCCCCUUGCUGAAGUUCCAUGCAUUAGUGCCUCAUUUGGAUGUCCUCGAAGAAUGCGGCGGCAGUUUCUCGGACAUCACCUACUUAAAUGUCCUGCAAGUAUAGUUCAUUGCACAGCUGAGUGGAAUCGGAUGCCUCGUAAUGUACCUGUGAAUCGAACAUCCGACCCUCAUAUUCGGUCAAACCAUUACUGUUUACUUAGUUCUAAAGUUUCUGAUAAAACCAAAGGCGCAUUGAGAAGCGAUUUGACAAAACUUUAUCCUGCACUUCCAAUGACCUCACCUCUUUACAACGGGUAUGUUAUUUUGUUUUACUUUGAACCUGAAAAGCAUGUUUAUGGUUUUAGUAGAUAA